AUGGGCGGCUUCGCGGGCGACGGCUGCUUGAAACGGCCCCCGACAAAGAUGGCGAAGGCGCUGUUGGACGCGGGGCAAUUUGAAAGCACGUGCUGGGCGAGGUGGGGGGCCGCGAAACGCGUCGAAGGAGAGCCCAUUGCCGUCGUCGGCCAGACGCGCGACCCUCGCGCGGUCGAGGGCGACGUCUGGCCCCACGUCAAGUUCUACGAGUUGUUCAACGUGCGUCGGCCCGCGUUCCAUGAGAAGGCGACGCCGACGUGCGUCGCGGCCGUUUUCACGAGGGCGGCUUUCGUCGUCACUGCCAAGAAACGCAUCAACUGGUGGCCCGCGGGGGCGGCGGGGGCCGACGCGCAGCGGAAGAUUGUCGAGGGCGUGGCCGAGCAUCUCGCAGCGGAGGGUGAGCGCUUGCACGGGGCGCCCAAGCAGGGCGACGCGACCCCAGCAGAGGAUUGGCGGCGCCUCUUGCAGCGAGAGAGGGCGCCCACCGGCUCCGCCAUGCAAUCGGCCCAGGCGAAGCGCUCGGCCGACCGGCAGCACGCGCCCCCCAUCCGCGUCAGAAGGGGGCACUUGUCGCCCGAGACCCGCGAGGUCAGGCCGUGGAUCGCCCGCUCGAAGCGGGCCCUGCGGACCCCCCCGAUGCGGUCCGACGGCGAGGAGGCGGAGGGCUCGGCGGAUGGGUUCCUCGACGUUGUCAAAUGUGCGAAGAUCGAGGACGUGGCUCCGUGCCAGAACGACCCCGCGAUGCCGUUAAUGAUCAUCGCGCGGCACGUCGGCGCAGUCCCCGACGAGCGCAGUUGCCGGGAAUGCGGCGCCAAGUUCACGAUGAAGGUGGAGUCUGCGACGUCUGACCGCUCGGCGCGCUGGCAGCGGCGGGGCCCUCGCCGCGACUGCGCUAGCAGCUGCGAUGCAUGUGGCGACGUCGAGAUUUCCGCGGCGAAGGAUACCUUGCUGGCUGAUGCCGAGCCAUCGAGAUGGCUCUCGCUUUUCGACUGGGUGGUUAUGCGGGCGCAGGAGUGCCCGCGCUUGGAGAUCCCGCGCGAGCUCGGCAAGCAGUGCAUAGCCAAGGGCAAUGGGGGCGAUGAAAGGACGGCUGCCAAAAAGAAACAGAAUAGGUUCAUCGCGCAGGCCGACGAGGUGUUCCUGAACAAAUCAAAGGUCAGCCGCUUCGCGCCAGGCAUCCGCCCUAAGGGGGGCGCAGCGUGGCUCUGUGGCGCGGCGGCGCAGGGCAGCCCUGAGAACUUCGUCUUCCGAGUCUCGGGGCGCCCGGGUGAUGCGCUCGACGGGCGCCUCCGCGGCGCGCGGGAGACGGCGACGAAUUUCGACGCGCAGGGCCUCCGCAAGGGCGCGGUCGUGGCAACGGAUGGGUGGAAGGCGACCCUCGCGGUCAUCAAGCGCAUCAAGAACAGGGGUGGAUGGUCAGACAAAGGUUUAAAGCGCGAGAUCGUCGCCCACUCCCAGCGGGAGGCCGUCGCGAAGGCGUGCUCCAUCGACGGCGGCCACGCCUACUCUCUGCCGACGAAGACCUUGCUCUCCCACGCGGCGGAGGUCACGCAGGUGGCAGCCUGGCCCCUGAGCCCAUGGCAGCGCGGCGUCCUGCGGUCGCUGGCGGCCGCUGCCCAUCGAGUUUUCGCGCUGCCGCGCUGGCAGCUCUGCGGCCAGAGGGGCCCUGCGGCUGUGCUGGGCACGCCGAAGACCGAGGCGCACGCGGCACUGGAGGCACUCCUGAAGAGGGUGACGAUCGCUAAGAGGGAUGUGGACGAGAUCUUCAAGGCUGUGCCCGCGGCCAAGGAGAAGGCC